AUGCCAGUCAUUGACAACACAAAUUCCCUGAACUGCACUACAUGGCGCGACCAUAUUAUUUACGAUCCAAAUGCUAUAUACCCUUCUCCUCCUGCCUCGCACGAAACUGUGAUGCAAGAGCCUCUAUCAUCUAUGGACAUUUUAUGUCUUCCUCCAUUUUGGGAGACAAGUCGUGAUAGUAAUCUCACUAUUGCCCUCAUAAACGCCCAACGUUCGGAGCGUCGUGCUGAGAGUAGACUUAUUCGAAGACGCUUGAAGCGGGUAUUGAUCGAACAAGAACUCUAUAGUCAUAUGGAGCAACAUACCAGUCACAGACUUCGAAAAGCCGACACCAGUGUUGGUGUUUCACGUGGUGUAUUUCGUGCGUCUGGGCUGACGCCUGCAGGGAAGAUAUUCGAUGACGUCGAUAGUGAUGUGUCCAGUAUAAUGCACGAUGAGGCGGAUUCGUCUUGA